GCACCAACAACCACGACAGCUGCACCAACAACCACUACAGCUGCCCCAACAACCACUACAGCUGAAGCAACAUCAACUACAGCUGCACCAACAGCCCUGACUACUGCACCAACAACCAGGACUGUUGCAACAACAACCACGACAGCUGCACCAAAAGCCUUGACUACUGCACCAACAACCACGACUGUUGCUACAACAACCACGACAGCUGCACCAACAACCACGACAGCUGCACCAACAACCACGACUGUUGCACCAACAACCACGACUGUUGCACCAACAACCACGACUGUUGCACCAACAACCACGACAGCUGCACCAACAACCACAACUACUGCACCAACAACCACGACAGCUGCACCAACAACCACGACAGCUGCACCAACAUCCACUACAGGUGCACAAACUACCACGACACCUACACCAACAUCCACUACAGCUGCACCAACAACCACGACAGCUGAACCAAUAACCAAGACAGCUGCACCAACUACCACGACAUCUCCACCAACAACCACUACAGCUUCACCAACAACCCCAACAUCUGCACCAACUACCACAACAGCUGCACCAACAACCACGACAGCUGCACCAACAACCACGAUAUCUGCACCAACAUCCACUACAGGUGCACCAACAUCCACUACAGCUGCACCAACAACAACGACAGCUGCACCAACAUCAACUACAGCUGCACCAACAUCCACUACAGCUGCACCAACAACCAUGACAUCUACACCACCAACCACUACAGCUGCCCCAACAACUACGACAACUGCACUAACAUCCACUACAGCUGCACAAAAAACCAAGACAGCUGCUCCAACUACCACGACAUGUCCACCAACAACUACAACUGCUGCACCAUCAACCACAAAAGGUGCACCAACAACCACGACAGCUGCACCAACAACCACGACAGCUGCAACAACAACCACGACAGCUGCAACA